CUACAUGACCAAUAAAGGGCGCUAUUGCUCGAUAAUCGUUCUCUUUCCCAACAUUGCCCUUCAAUAAAAAGGCAAAAUGGGUCGACGACCAGCCCGUUGCUAUCGGUACUGUAAAAACAAGCCAUACCCCAAGUCGCGUUUCUGCAGGGGUGUCCCAGAUCCCAAAAUUCGUAUUUUUGAUUUGGGUCGCAAGAAGGCACUGGUUGAUGAAUUCCCACUGUGCAUCCACAUGGUGUCAGAUGAGUUUGAGCAGCUGUCCUCUGAGGCCCUUGAAGCUGGUCGCAUCUGUGCCAACAAGUACAUGGUGAAACACUGCGGAAAAGACUCCUUCCACAUCAGGAUACGUCUCCACCCAUUCCACAUCGUUCGCAUCAACAAAAUGUUGUCGUGUGCUGGAGCUGAUAGGCUCCAAACUGGAAUGAGAGGUGCCUUUGGCAAGCCUCAAGGAACUGUUGCACGGGUCCGAAUUGGUCAGACGAUCAUGUCCAUCAGGAUCAAGGAAGGUAUUCGAGCACAUGCCCUAGAAGCCUUCAGGAGAGCCAAGUUCAAGUUCCCUGGACGCCAGAAGAUCUACAUUUCCAAAAGAUGGGGUUUCACCAAAUGGGACCGCCCUGAUUACGAAAAAAUGAGAGCAAGUGGUCACCUUAUACCAGAUGGUGUCAGUGUACAAUACUUUCCAGAUCACGGACCUCUAGCUAAAUGGAAGGCCAGAGUUCUUAAGGGUGCAUAAGCAACCACGUCAAAGCCAGGAUUUGAAAAGAACAUGUGUGAAAAUGGUUAAUUAAAGUCAAAAUAAAUAUACCACAGUAUCGAGAAAAUUUAA